GCGCGGAAUCCUCACUCAGUCGGUGUCCAUGUUCUACCAAUUGAAGCAAGUGCCACCCCUUAGUUUUUCGGUUAUGCUGUAUUAAUUGUUUUUAAGAACAAUGUCGCACAAAUGGAUCAUCUUCACCUUCUCGUGGUUCGGCACAGCAAGCCUGCAGUACAUCAACACCGGCGGCCCUGGCGCUGACACCGUUCUCGACCCCCUAGACUCCACCCUCCACUACCCCCUACCCUAUGUCCAUUAUUUCAACCUCCAACCCUCACGGAACGAGUUCGAACCCUACCAAGGCGAGUCGCAACACUACAACCAGUUCUACCAACCCAACGACAGAGAGCAACCAGAUUUGCAACGCAAGCGCCGCAAGGCUGAAGAUCAGGAGGACAUCCGCACCAGGCGAUGGCUACCUAACCUGGUGGACACAGACAAAACCAUGUACUUUCGGAACGACGAGAAAAUGCCUGGGAGCCCUUUUAUAGUCGGAUUCUCCGGGACAGUCGAUGAGAACGCAACGGAUCUGCUGAACAGCAUAGACAUGAGAGAUAAAAAGAAUUUUAGUCCAUGGGGCGGCAAGCGUAGCAAGGCGAGCGUGGAACACAUGUGGUCCUGGAAAAGAUCUUCUGGUAUCAGAGAACCGAGCAUGCCUAAGCGUGUCCGCUUCAGCCCGUGGGGAGGAAAAAGAUCAGGCCAGAUGGUCUUCAAACCUGGUGCCAAAGGAUCCAAGAUUAUAUUCUCAACGUCUGUACCCGAACUCACACGGAUAGUCUCCAACUUCUCGCCGACAGGAGAGCGGUUCGAUUUAGCCGGUUUCCAGUUCAUACCCUCUUUGGACAAGCGGCACCCGAUCAAAGUGCUAGCGUUGAGUACGCAGGUGGACGAUAAGACCUUACGAGAGGCGUUGCCAUUUAAGACGUUCCUGGAGUCUUUGCCGAAGAUUUUCAAGCCGGGCCAUCCUUACUCGGACGUGAAUUUAAAGAAGGAUGGGAAGAGGAAAGUCAAGUUCAGCGCUUGGGGCGGGAAGCGGUCGCCGCCCAUCAUCGGGCCUAUCUGGACUCCCGCGCCGCAGGACAUCAAGGAGUCGACUCUGAACACGAUACUGUUGAUACGGAACAACCAAGACGACGAACCGGCGAAGGCAUUGUAAUGUGGAAGCAUCCCGACAAAUUGCUUUUAGUUUUAAGUGACUCCCGAACUUGACUGACGUUUGGCUGUACAACGGUUACUGUUAGAUAAAGAAUAAGCUUGAUAUUGGUGCCAUAAUGAGACUAAAACCAAGUUCGGGAGUUACAGCACACUGUCUCUGGCGAAAUUGGCUGGGUUCGUCCGAGACACUGUCGAACUGAUGAAUAAAUAUUGUUGUUAUUUAUGAUAUUUGUUACCUACUCUUAUUUAUUGUGCUAUCUUAGCAAGAUAAU